UAAGGGCACUCGUCGGAGAGCGAAUCUUUUCGCCUGGUUCUCAGCGUUUCAAGGUCGGAGCGGCGGGGUUAGGAAUCGGAAGCGAUGGCGAAUCAGGGAGCCAAGAAGAGAAAGGAGGAGAACAAGAAGCAUAUGACCAACCUCCGCCGCCUCAUCAUCGCCUCCAAUAUCAUUUAUAUUUUGGUGCGGAUGCUUAUGUUUCAUUCAAGUUUUACUUGGAAGCACUGGGUUGGUCUUCUUGUUACGUCCAUCGCUUAUGGAUUUCCAUAUAAACAACUUGAUAGUAUGGCAAAGCCAACAUACUCUGAUGAUGGAGAACUCCUCGACGGUGGAUAUGAUAUGACCACUGGUGGAAUCUGUGGUUAUUUGCAUGACCUGAUCUACAUAACAAGCUUUGUACAGAUAACAUCCAUCUUAUCUGGUAAAUUUUGGUGGACUUAUUUAGUGAUACCGGCAUUUGGUGCAUACAAGGUGACUGAUCUACUAAAAGGAUCACUGUUAGGAGGUUUAGGGGGGGAAAUGGAGGAUGAGAAGAGCCGUAAGAAGAGGGAAAAGAUGGAGAAGAAGGCUUCAAGAAGCAAAAUAAUCAAAACCAGAAAUAGGUAAACAUACUUAUGGAUGACAUGGUUACAGUGGAUACAAUGUGAACCUCCUCGAAUCACAGGACAUGACGAAGUUAGAGAAGUUGGGCAGGUUUUUGAUGAUAUGGUGAGAUACAAGUAUCUUGUAAACAUUACAACUAUUGUCAUCAUCAACUUAUGCUGAGAACUUUCCUGCU